AUGGAAUUCGAUCCCCUCCUCAGAGCUUUACUUCAUUUUAAGCAUAAUAACAUUGAUGAAGCAAUCAAAAUUUGUAAUGAAAUGCUUGAGAAAAAUUCCUGUGAUCAGGCAGCUUGGAGUCUGAAAUUAAGUUGCUUAACGGAAAAAUUCUAUGUUGAUGAAUUGGAAAAUGACGAACGUGGUGUUGCAGAAUUAUUUUUGGAUGAUACUGUGCUUGCAUCGAAUGCAAGACCUGGCACUUCUUUAUCCAGGCCAAUUACUUCAGGCCAGACAUCCAGACAAGCCAUUAGACCAAUUUCAAGCAGUGGAAGACCUAUAAGCGGCGUUUUACGACCCGAAACUUGCCUGCAAUCAAGCACUAUGGAACAAACCUUACGUAAGUCACGAACCUCCAGAACCACUCGCGCGACCUCAUCUAGCGCCGCCAGAUUUACUCGUCUUGGUACGGCAUCAAUAAUAUCAGAGCCUAAUGGACCAUUUGUGAAUUUAUCACGACUUAAUAUUGAUAAAUAUGCAACUGAUCCACAAGUUAAUCGAAAUCUCUUUGAAUAUGUCUUCUAUCAUGAAGGUGAUAUGAAAGUAGCACAUCAGAUCGCAGUAAUUGCAAUAAAAAAUGCCAAGAAUACGGAUUGGUACUGGAAGAAUCAACUCGGGAAAAGUUGUUAUCGACUGGGAAUGUUUAGCAAUGCAUUGAAACAAUUCCAUUCCUCAUUGAAUUGUCAAAAAAUGGCAGAAACAUACGCUUAUUUGGCUAAAACAUAUUGUCGAAUUGAUCAACCACUGAUGGCUAUUGAUCAAUAUAAUUCUGGUUUACAAAUAUUUCGCAACGAUAUCACCUUAUUAAUUGGUUUAGCGCGUGUUCAAGAGUACCUUGGAGAUAUUGAAAAUAGUAUAAAAACAUAUAAAUUAGUGUUAGAACAAGAUCCAACUAAUGUCGAAGCAAUUGCAUGCAUUGCAACCAAUUAUUUUUACAAUGAUCAACCGGAAAUCGCCCUUCGCUACUACAGACGUAUCUUGCAAGUGGGUGUCAACAGUGCAGAGCUAUUUAUGAAUCUUGGCUUAUGUUGCUUUUUCUGUCAACAGUUUGACCUUGCAUUAUCGUGCAUUGAACGAGCGCAAGCAACAGCUAAUGAUGAGGUUAUUGCCGAUAUUUGGUACAAUACGGGAAAUAUUUUUCUUUCAUCCGGUGAUGUCAAAAUGGCAUCACGAUGCUUUCGACUGGCAAUGGCAGCAGAUCCAAAUCAUGCAGAAAGUGUAUGCAAUUUUGCUAUAUUACAAAUGCGGGAUGGAAAAAUCGAGCAGAGUCGAGCGAUGUUCCGUUCCGCAAUUGAGAAAGGACCGCAUUUAUUCGAGCCAUGUUACAAUCUUGCCCUACUUAAUUAUCAAAUCGGGCAAUUUGAUGAGAGUCGAACAAUGGUAUUGAAAGCGUUGAAGCUUUAUCCCGAACAUGUCCACUCGAAGACAAUUCUUGGCCAUAUUGAACAAAUGCUCCAUGUAUAA